AUGGCCCAGCAACCUGCAGGAACAGCGCCUCAGAUGAAUGCGCAGGAGCUCAUCAACACCGUGCUGGAGUUGAGACAGGCAGUCAAUGGAGGUCAACAACGUGAGGCCCAGUUGAGAGCCCAGGUUGAACAGCUGGUGCAAGUCGGCACGGAAGCACAGCAAAGAGAACAGCAACUCAGAGCCCAAGUAGAACAGCUGACACAGCAAGUUCAGAACCCUGGACCUGGAAGUCUGCAAGCAGUGGUUGGACAAGCCUUCCAAGUCAUGGCCCAGAGCCAAAAGGACCUCAUCGACGGGUUAAGGCAGAAGGAGGAGAGGAACGUGACCCUCUUCGACACGAAGGGCUUGGCAAAGCCCGAGAAGUUCGACGGAAAGGAGGAGAGCUUCCUUUACUGGAGGACGAAGCUGGAGUCGUUCAUCGCUUCUGUCUACCCUGAGUUCGAGUCGGUGAUGGCCUGGCGGAGAAUGAGGACCAUCGAGAACGUCGAAGGCAUGAACACCCAGUUCUACGCAGUCCUGCAAAGCCUCUGUGAGAAAGAGUCGUUCACGAUCGUUCGUUCAGCUGGUCGGAACAACGGAUGUGAAGCCUGGAGAAAGCUGAUCAAGAGGUUCGAUCCCACGACAGGAGGCAGACGUCGUGCGCUGUUGCGCCACAUCUUGACGCCCACGAAGAUCACCAAGAUCGAAGACUUGUCGUCCGCCUUGGAAGCCUGGGAAGAACAGCUGAGGUUAUACGAGGCGAGGAAACGCAGUGAUGGCACCAGGCACAUCUUGGAUGAUGAGAUAAAGAUAUCGGUGAUCGAGCACUUAUGCCCGGUGGAGUUGGAAAAGCACCUACAGAUGAACAGGUCGCGAUACGCUUCUUACGAUGAUGUCAGGGGCGAAGUCGUCCUGUUUCUGGAAUCUCGCCUGGGGAGCCGCAUGAAGGUGGUGGAUCCCGGAGGUGCGGCACCCAUGGACAUCGGGGCAUUUGGCAAGGGUCCCAAAGGCAAGGGCAAGAAGGGCGGCAAAGGUGACGGUAAGAAGGGCUCCUCCAAGGGCAAAGGCAAAGGAGGUGCAGCAAAGGGAAAAGGGCCUGGCGACGGGUCCAAGGAAACCCGAACCUGCAACAACUGCGGAAAGGUAGGCCACCUGAGGAAGGACUGCUGGUCUGCCGGCGGUGGAGCUGCCAACAAGAACCAGCAACCGAAGUCCAAAGGAUCGUCAAAGAAAAGUGGAAAGGGUGGCAGAGUGAGCAACUUGGAGGAGGCCGAGCCGGAAGCUGAGACUGCAGAAACCGGCUACUUGAGCAUCGCCGGACUUGAAGAAUGGAGUGAAGAUGAAGAGAUCAAGGCUGAGGAGAUUGAAGAACCGACGGGAACUUCGAGCAGCACCUAUGUGAAUGUUCGGGUGGAACCUGAGCGCUAUGUGAUGGUGAAGUCGGAGGAAGUGCCGUGCUCCGAGCCUUGUGACUGCUGCCUGCACCUGAGGUGCCAGAUGGAUCCCAAUGAACGUCACUUCAUUCAUGAGUGUGGAGUCUGCAGCAAUCGUCGCAGGAAGUUGGUUGAAGAUGCGACGUCGGCGGGUUCGUCCAAGAGUCAAAUUCGAAACCUGCUCAAGAUCACUCGUCCUGAAAGCUUUCACUACCUGGUGGACAAGACCAUCUGCUUGUUCAAAGGCAUCACGCAGGGUGCUUUCCACAGCUUGGACGAGGACAGGAAGGAUGAGUUGAGGCAGGUGCACGAUCCCUUGGGGACAAGUCGAGAUGAGAACGCCAGCACUCUCAAGCAGCUUGAGGCAUCCAGAGAAGAGAUGAGGGUCAGCUACUUCGAGAAGCUGUCGGAGCAUCUGGUGGGAAGGGUGAGUCGGACCUUUGGUCAACGACCGACCCUGGAGGUGGACGGCCCGAGUCGAUCCAGUGGAUCGGCCGAGGCUGCAGUUCCAUCUCGACCCAUCGGAUCAGCUUCGAGUCAGGUGAUGCAUCGGACGGUUGAGAUGCUCGAAGUGGCCAACUUGGAUGCCGAGAAGAGAGAGAAGAUCCAAGAGCUUGAGAACUGUGAGGAUGAAGACGAGAUGAAGGUGUUGGAGACACGCAUCAAGGAGCUCAAGAGCAAGGAAGGUGGAUUUAAGUUGACGGCGGAGACUGCGAAUGAUCAGAGCUGGCACGAUGCGCGGUACUACGCCGCUCGCAAGGCGGGUGUCACACACUCCAAGGCCUGGUCCGAAGAGAAGAAACGCCGCAAAGCCACCUUGCACCGUCGAUCUGGAGCACCGGAACGUGCUGCAGAACGUCUUCGUCAGGAUGAAGCCUGGCAUCGUGAGUUCGACACCAAGAAGGUGAAGGAUGAAGAGUAUCAUGACGAGACGCUUGGAGGAAUAGAAACAGAGGCUGUUGUCGAAACGGAAGACGGAGGAAUCAGGGUCUUGAGAGGAAAUGCCCGUCCGGUCAGAAGAGGUCAGCUGAAGAGGAAGGACGCAGGCACCUUUGUGAAAUCUGCGCGAUCAUAUCGAAAGCUGACCCAAGACGAGGUCUCGAAGUUCAACACUGAGACAAAGGAAGAUGAGAUGAAGGUCAUGAGGAAGAAGCGCACCAACUUGUUCAAGAUGAGGCGACGAGUCAUGACCAAGGAGCAGAAGGAGCAAAGAGCUAAAAGAGUCAAGGCUGCGAAGAUGAGGAAGGCGAAGGCCUAUAAGGUGGACCCCGACAAUGAGAUGUGCGCUGACUUUCGGCGCUCCUACUGCCACAGGGGAGCGAAAUGCAGAAUGGGACAUUCGGAGCUUGACAGGGAGAUCCACUUCAUCGAAAGCCGCAACACUGAGGUUGAGAAGCUGACCGGCAAGAAGCAAGAGAUCAAUUCGUUUGAAGAGGAUGUGAACAGUUUCACUACCAGUGACGGUUGGACCAAGCUGGUGGUGAACUUCGACACCGGGGCAGCCAUCACGGCUGUGCCAAGGACUUUGGAGGAGCAGGGCUUAGUGAAAGGAGACUCGAAGUCAAUGCCGAGAUCCUACAAGACUGCUUCAGGUGAGAUCCUAGAAGACGAAGGUGGAGUUGUCGUCAAGGGUCUCAACAACAAUGGGUUUGGAAGGAGUGUGGAUGGAAGGCUGGUCGGCGUCCACAGGAUGUUGGCCAGCGGCACCGCAGUGGCAAAGAAGAACAUGGUGGUGCUGGAAGGCGACAAAGGCUGGAUCCUGCCCAAGUCGGGCAAGAUCGCGAAUGGCAUGAGGGCAGCAUUCAAGAAGCUCGUUGAGGCACAUCCUGAGGAGGCUGACGACCUCACGGAGCUCUACGAGCACAAGGGAAUCUACGUUUUCGAUCUUUGGCUGAAUGGCACGGCUAAGGAUAAAGGUUUUGACCACGUCGGUCGAGACCUUGGAGCGGUUGAUGAAGGUUUCAGCCGGCAGGCGCAGAAGCCGUAA